ACACCUUUCCCUGCACCAACAUUCAUGUCGGUGCUCCAGAAAUCCAAGCUGAUAACGCAUCUAGAAAGGAGUCGUAUUUGAUUCUGACAUCAUUUUAUAGUAUGCAGGUGGAGAUCCGUUUUGUGCACCUCCCUCUUCUGCCUGAUUACACAUGUUCUGUUGGUGAAAGAGAUAUGGGGAGAAGAGAGAAGUGAACAUCAGUGACACAAUAACAGCAAAGAGAAGUGUGCAAACCUCAGGGGCUUUGGUUGUGGUACUUUUCUGCAGAUUUCUUAGUCUCCAGAGAGCCUUUGGACCUGUGUGACCGCCAUGCCUUCCUACACGGUGACAGUUUCCACGGGCAGCCAGUGGUUUGCAGGGACAGAUGAUUAUAUCUACAUCACUCUGGUGGGCACGGAGAGAUGCAGCGAGAGAACGCUGCUGGACAAACCUCUGUACAAUGACUUUGAGAGAGGGGCGGUGGACUCCUAUGACGUGAGGGUGGAUGAGAACCUGGGAGAGAUUGUGUUGGUGAAGAUUGAGAAGAAAAGGUACUGGGUGCAGGAUGACUGGUACUGCAAGUACGUCACAGUGAAGACCCCCGGUGGAGACUAUCUGGAGUUCCCCUGCUUCCGCUGGCUGGUGGAUGACAAGGAGGUGGUGCUGCGGGAUGCAAGAGCACACCUGCCUCAGGAUGAUAAGACCAGCCUGGUGAAGCAGCACAGACAGAAAGAGCUGGAAAGGAGGCGAAAGACCUACAGGUGGAAGGAGUGGCAGCCAGGCAUUCCUAUGAGCAUAGAUGCUAACAGACACAAAGACCUGCCGCGGGACAUCCAGUUUGACACUGAGAAGGGAGUGGACUUCGUACUGAACUACAGUAAGGCAAUAGAGAACCUGUGUGUGAACCAGUUCAUGCACAUGUUCCAGUCCUCUUGGAGUGACUUCGCUGACUUUGAGAAGAUCUUUGUGAGAAUCAAAAACACAAUCUCAGAGUAUGUGAUGAAACACUGGAAGGAGGACUUCAUGUUUGGAUACCAGUUUCUGAACGGCUGCAACCCCGUAGUAAUCAAAAAGUGCACCAAAAUCCCCGAGAAGUUUCCGGUCACUGAUGAGAUGGUUAAUGUGAGCCUGGAGAGAGAGAUGACUCUGGAGGAGGAAAUAGAGGCAGGAAACAUCUACAUAGCGGACUACGAGGUGUUGGAGGGCAUCACUGCUAACUGCACUGACCCGUGCACGCUGCAGUACAUCGCUGCUCCCAUGUGUCUGCUCUACAAGAACGCUCAGAAGAAGAUCAUGCCCAUAGCCAUACAGCUCGGGCAGACCCCAGGUGAUGACAGCCCGAUCUUCCUGCCCACUGACGCUAAGUACGACUGGCUGCUGGCUAAGAUCUGGGUACGCUCCGCUGACUUCCAGUACCACCAGAACAUCACACACCUGCUCCGGACUCACCUGAUCACAGAGGUGUUUGCUAUCGCCAUGUACCGGCAGCUCCCUGCUGUUCACCCUGUGUACAAGCUGCUUAUGCCACACAUUCGUUUUACCAUCGCUAUCAACACCAAGGCCAGAGAGCAGCUCAUCUGUGAGUGUGGCAUCUUUGACAAGGCGAAUGCUACAGGUGGAGGGGGUCACGUCCAGCUGAUCCAGAAGGGUGUGAAGUCUCUGACCUUCAGGUCUCUGUGCUUCCCUGACAUCAUCAAGGCGCGCGGCCUGGACAACAAGGAGGAGCUUCCCACAUACUUCUACAGAGACGACGGCAACAGGGUGUGGGAGGCGACCAAGAGUUUUGUGUCAGAUGUGGUCCAUAUUUACUACACCAGCGAUGAGACCCUGCAGGAGGAUGAAGAAAUCCAGGCAUUCAUUAAAGAUGUGUGCAGCUUCGGGAUGCAGGACUUCGAUUACUGUGAGUUUCCCAAGUCCCUGAAGACCCGCGAGGACCUGUCAGAGUAUCUGACCGCCAUUGUGUUCACCGCUUCAGCCCAGCAUGCAGCCGUAAACUUUGGACAGUACGACUGGUAUUCCUGGAUCCCCAACGCUCCGUCUACCAUGAGGAGGCCCCCGCCCAACAAGAAGGGCAUUACAGAUGUGAAUUGGAUCAUCCAUAGCCUUCCUGAUCGUGGACGCUCCAGCUGGCACCUGGGGGCUGUGUGGGCCCUCAGUCAGUACCAGGAGUGCGAGCUGUACCUGGGCUCGUAUCCUGACGAGCACUUCACAGAGAAGCCCGUGAAGAAGGCCAUGGAGAGGUUCAGGAAGCAGCUUGCAGAGAUAAGCCUCUCCAUCAAGACCAGGAACGAAGGGAAGAAGCUGCCUUACUACAACAUGUCUCCUGACAAAAUCCCAAACAGUGUCGCCGUUUGAGGAAUAAAAUAAUGUCUCAACUUGAUAUUUUGGCAAAAGCACAUUGAAGUUCUGAUAUUACUGAGCAGUCCAUGAAUGCGUUUAGAAACCUUUGUGUGACCCGAGUGAGGGAUUUGAUACUUCUUUAUGUUUAAAUGCAUAAUGUGCUGACAUAAAAAGUCAAUUGAAAACCUCAAGUUUGCUGAUAAACUGUUUUUUGUCACUUAUUUGGGUGAA